CCGCAACCCACUUGCCCAUAACCUCUAACCCUCCUCCUAGACCGUACCAAUCUCUUAGAACCCUGACGCUUCAAUCUACUCGUCCUUACUUCAUCCACCACUGAAACUGCAUUCAAUAGUUACAGUUCCUGGUGUUGCAUCAUUACAUAUAGCAACAUGAAGAAUGAACAGCGAGACCACCCUAAUACUUCCCGUAAAAUUUGGACGCGGAGAGCCAAUGAGGAAUUUGUGGCUUCUAUGGUGUCGAUGUUUAUUGCCAUGGAGCUCGAGGGCCUUGUGUUUGGCUAUGAGAGAUCGGGGGAGAGUGAGAGCUACACUUACUGGUGCCUCCGUAUGUUUAUUAUGGGUUUUAUUAACUGGCUCGGUCAAUUUUUAUAUAAAAGAUACAGAGGUAUAUAAAUAGAUAGAAUAUGUGUUUUCUAGAAAAGCCGUAAAGCAACAGUAAUCAAAGCCAAUUCACAUAAGAAAAUA